CGCAGAUUAGAUUGUUGCGGGAGGAGGAUUGAAGUUACUUGAACCAAAAUUAGUCGUUGAUCUAGACGAAAGAAUGGGCCCAGAAAAGUUUUAUUCCAUAUGAUAAAUUCUUCUAAUUCUAAUUACAGUAUUUUUCUCUCGAAUGAAACACGACGUCGCUUUACAGACUUUAUUGGUGGAGUUGGUCGAUUGAUCCGGCUUCAAGGGAAACACCGAUGAGCAAAAAUUGACUUUUUCUCCCCGAUAAAAUUUCUAGGAUUCUUAAUAGUUUUGACAUUCAUAAUACCACGACCAAAUUCUUCGCUCUUUCAGUUAAAUUAAGAGAAAAAGGAUUAAAAGUAAACCAUUUGCAUUCUUAAUAUGAAAAAUUGGCUAGUUUCCCUACAGUACCGAAUGCCGCUAUCUGGUUGAUGGGAUAUUGAAAGGGUUGGAGGCUUUACGAUAAAAUGUCUUCGAUAUUCCUGACCAAAAAGUAAUCCGAGAGAUGCAAAUUUUCACGUGAUAGGUGUUACAUAAACACAUUUUACCAAAAAUACUAUUGGGUGCGAAUUCCAAUCGGUAAUGUUCAUUCGGAACAAUAUUACUCAAGAAAUUUAAAUCGGUAAGAAUGGACGAAUAUAAGAACAAACCAGGGUGAUCCAAAUUUCAAGUUUUGUCCGUUGGAUCCUGGUGUCGACAAGUACUAUUCCAAGCCGGGCCACAAAACGUUUUAUUCGCACUUGGCAGUUGGCUAGCAUUUCCAUGGGAAGUCUAUGAUAAUUAUUUCGGGGAGAAAUUCAGUACCCACCGGCAUAGUCUAUUGAGUUAGCGGCAUAGUCUACGUGCGCGCAGAAAAAAAAUAAAAUAAAAGAUAUUAUAAAUACAGAAGAAAACGUAGAGGAAUAGAGAAAUUCUUCCGAUUUAUUUAUUACAAGGAGAACUUUUCGUAUCAUUUCAGACGCUGAUGAUUGACUCCGAGUUGUGUCUGUGCGAUUGUCCCGGACUAGUAUUUCCCAACUUCGUUUCCAGCAGAGCCGAAAUGAUUCUGAACGGUAUCCUAUCGGUCGAUAAUGCCACGGACCCUCUUUCCGCCGUCUCUCUCAUAACGGACGUCGUUCCCGAGCACGUGCUACGAGCUACCUAUAACCUGUUCCUUCCCACGUCUGGUGAAGGUUCAGAUUCUCAUCCAUCCCUCACCGCUCGAGAGUUCCUGGAAGCCUACGGCCGUAAGUAUCGUUUAUCUUUCAUCCAUCCGAAUAAGAAUUGGGUAGUGGGAAUCGGUCUUUUCAAUUCGGACAUCAUUCCUGGAAGUAUUCGAGUAUGUCGCGUGGUAUAAUUCCAUAGACUUGUCGAUAGUAUCUCUAUUUUCUGUCUCAUGUCUUUCGAGAUAAUUCUCCGCGGAGUGUUAACUUUAUCCUAAGAACGGUUAAAAAAUGUGGACACCUUUUUUCACCCAAUUGGUGCGCUUCUUACCAUCGAGGCCAUCGUAGAAUUU